AUUUUGAAAAAGCAAGAUGGCGACCAAGGUAGGUCGUGGGAAAAGCGCUUUAAAAAGCCCUGAAACACCAAGUAGUGUUUUUAACAAAAGAAAUGCUGAGGAAGUGGACUUUCCCCGCGGUGGUACUUCUGCCCUGAGUCCUCUGGAAGUGAGGAAAAUAAAGAAUGAGGCUGAGAGGGAUGUUCUGUUUGGGAGGUCAUCAUCAGAUCCAGAAUUACUCCCAAAAAGUGGAAAGAAAAGUAAGAAACCCAAGAAGUCCAAAGUGGAUGAUAGCAAACCUGAAUUUAUAGCAAAGUCUAAACAAAAGUUUGUGGAAACUCUGACUUUCAAGAAAGUUUAUGUAGGAAUGAAAGUGUUGGGAGCUAUCCGUGAAGUGAAUGAAUAUGACAUGGUUAUGAGUCUUCCAAAUGGUUUGAGUGGAUUUGUCCAUAUUACAAACGUGAAUGAGAAGAUCACUGAAAGAUUGAAGAACAUCUUAGAGGUUGAUGAGAGUGGAGACACAGAGGACACACCAAGUUUCCCAGGGCUCACCAAAUUCUUUGCAGUAGGAUCUCUAGUGCAAUGUUCAGUCUUGGAGACUGAAGGCUCAAAACCUGGACAAAGAAAAAUCAAAUUAUCUGUGGAUCCUAAAGAGCUCAAUAGUGGCAUCACCAAGUCAUCUUUAAAGCAAGGAAUGGUCCUUUCAGGGUUUGUAAAAAGUGUUGAAGACCAUGGCUACCUCAUAUCAUUUGGCAUUGAUGGUACAUCAGCUUUUCUACCAAAGACCAGUCUAACCAGAGAAUUUGAAGAGGGUAAUCCCCUUUCACUGCUAAUCAAGUCUGUGGCGCAAGAGCAGAGGUUCAUUUCAGUCAGUGUACAUGAAGAUGAGAUUCAAGGUGCAAUGAUUACAGAGGAUUUGAAAUUGAAGUUCUCAGCUCUUCUUCCUGGAAUGCUUGUCAAAGCAUCUGUAACUCAGGUGACUGGGAGUGGUCUGAUACUCAAUUUCUUGGGAGGAUUCGAAGGAUCAGCAGAUAUAAUUCAUCUUCCAAACUGUGGUGGGGAUGGAAAGAAUUUGGAGGAAACCUAUCCUGUAAAGAAAAAGGUAAAAUGUCGCAUUCUGUAUGUGAAUGCCAACAAGAAGACAGUUGGAGUAAGUCUUCAAGAGAAAGUUGUACUCCACAGAACUGCAAGCUUUGGUCAUUGCUCAAUGGGUGAUGUCAUUGAUGAUGCUGUUGUGAUCAGAGUUGACCAGAAAAUGGGUUUAUUUUUUAGUUUUUCAGAUGGAAUUCUUGGAUUUACUCAUAUUUCUAGAGUGUCAGACGAGCAUGUUGAGAAACUGGGAAAGAAGUAUAAAGUUGGAAGCACCCACAGGUGCCGUAUUCUUGGUUUCAAUUCUCUAGAUGGCUUGGUUAACUUGACUAUGGAAAGGUCUGUCAUCGAGCAACCAUUUUUGAGUUAUUGUGAUAUAAAGCCAGGAGAAUUGGUCAAGGGAAAGAUAAUGAGUUUAGAGAAGUUUGGAAUGUUCAUUUCUUUAACGGACCACAUCAGAGGCUUGUGUCGUACGCUUCAUUUAGCAGAUAUAAAUCUUCAACAUCCAGAGAAGAAAUUAAAAGACGGAAAAACUGUUAAAUGUAGGGUUCUCUCAGUUUGGCCAGACAGCCGCCGUUUGUUCCUCACUCACAAGAAGACGUUGAUUGAGUCCUCGCUUCCAAUCAUCACUGAGUACACUCAAGCACAGCCUGGAGUCAGCUGUCACGGCUUUGUUGUUGCCAUCAAAGACUUUGGCUGCAUUGUAUCAUUUUACAAUAAUAUCAAGGGUUUGGUGCCACGAAGUGAACUUGGGAUUUCUGCCGAUACUGAUCCUCGUAGUGCAUUCUACCUUGGACAAGUUUUGUUGUGCCAUGUGUUGAGUUGUGAACCAGACCAGAUGAGGUUGAGGCUAUCGUUGAAGAAAAGUUCCAGGCCUGGUCCUGCUUUGGAAAAUGUCAACAUUACAAAAUCCUUGUUAGAAGCCGAUGUAGUGAAUAGUAGUGAGGAAGGACUGGAUGUUGCUCUUCUUCCUAGUGGUGCACCAGCAUUUCUUCCAGUUUCACAUUUAUCAGAUCAUGUUAGCAACUGUAAGGCUCUAUUGUCUGUCUACAAACCCUCCACAAGAUUGACCAACGUUGUUUAUUAUGGCAUUAACAAGAGGCAGGAAAUUAAUGUUUCUUUGAAACCAUCUCUUGUGAAAGCUGCAUCAGAGGACAGACUUCUUACCAGCUUUAAGGACGUCGAGGUGGGGAUGGUCUUACCUGGUUUUGUCAAAAAAGUGAUGAGUUAUGGAGUGUUCGUUGAGUUUUCCAGGGGAAUUUUUGGGCUUGCUCCGAACUCGGUCACCGAAAUUGAUGAAGAAAGGCAAAGAUUUCUUGUCAGUCUGAAAAUGUCCGACUGUUGCCCUGAAAAGACCAUUGAAGGGAGUUCUGAUCCUGGUGCAGAGUUGUUGGAAAAUUAUCUCUCCGAGAGACAGAAGAUCGUUCAACAAUUGGCGUCCAGUUCAGAGGAGAUGGAGGCACUGUUUUCACUUGGUCCAGGAUCUUGUGUCGAGGGGAAGGUCCUCACUGUGAAAUUCCGAGGCAUCCUUCUGCAGCUUGCCAACGGUGUUCAGGGUUUCACUCCCCACCAACUUGCCAAAGGAGUAAGCUGUGAGCCCGGCGAAGUUGUGUGCGGCUGCGUGUUGGACUGGGAUUUCGAUAAGAAAUGUGUGAUUGUCUCAUUAAAUCCACAACUAGUAGCUAAAAGAAAGGCUGUGGAGACUCAGAAUAAAACACAAAAAAAGCUGAAACAUGGACGCAUUUUUUAUGCUUGUGUUCAACUGAUCAGGGAGAACUACAUGGUGGUUACGAUUCCUCAACACAAUUACCAGCUGGCGUAUGCACCUACUAAAAUGCAUUUGAACGACAUCAGAGAUGCAUCAAAACGAUUUGCUGUGGGACAAGAAUACUCUUCAUUAGUACAAAGACCAGUCAAGGCGAACAACGAUCUUCUACCUCUGGUGAUGCUUCAAGAAAAACAAAUUGGAAAGGAAAAUGUCGUGCCUGGUGCUAUUACCACAGCGCAGGUCAAGUCAGUUAAGGACCUUCAAUUGAAUGUGAAUUUGUGUGAUGGGAAAUUUCAUGGAAGAGUGCACGUCACACAAAUUUGGGAUAAGGUUAUACAGGGAGAGUCACCUUUGAAGGGCUUUCACAAUGGAGAUAAAAUUCAAGUCAAGAUUCUUGGAUUUCGCGACUUGAAGACGCACAAGUACUUGCCAAUAACGCACACCAACUUCACUAAAGCUGUAGCCGAGCUAACAUUGAAACCAAGUGAGUUAUCAGAAGUCAGUAGUGACCGGCAGAGUGCUUCAAGUGAAAAUAAUGAAGGGGGAGGAGCUGACAAGAAACUUGAGGACUACCAAGUUGGGGAAGACGUAAAUUGCUUUGUGAAGUCGGCCACAGAUUAUUGCGUUUGGAUGAUGCUGAGUCCAUCUGUAAACGGGAGAGUUGGGCUUCUACACGCCUCGUCUGAUGUAGAGGUGUUAAAGUCUCUUAAAACUCAUUUCAAACCUGGAGAUGGAUACAGAUGUGUGGUGUUGAGCGUGGACCAAGAAAAAAAAUGCCUGGAUCUGUCACUCAGUGCGGAAUCUAAAAUUGAGGCCACCCAAGUGUUAACAGGCCAGGUUACCAAGAUUUUUCCCGAUCAAGGACUCCUCGUCCGGCUUCCUAUGUCCAAAUAUGGUGUGGUCGGUCUGACAGACCUCAAAGACAAUUAUGAUGAAAAUCCUUUGGAAAGCUUCAAAACCAUGCAGCUUGUUAGGUGUUUUGUCCUGUCAACGAAAGGCAAAGACCAAUUUGAUCUGUCACUCAGACCUUCAAGGACACAAGCAGUGGCAACAAAAAACGAGGGAGUUACAAGUGUUAACGAGGAGGAUCGCGAGAUCAAAAGCAUAAGUGACCUUAAGGAAGGGGACAUCAUCCGGGGCUUUGUCAAGAGUUGUUCUGAUGUUGGUGUCUUUGUCAGUCUGGCCCAUCACAUUGUUGGCAGGGUACAAAUAAAGAAUUUAUCCCAAUAUUAUGUGAAGAACUGGAAACCUCUGUUCCCUAAAGGAAAGUUGGUCAAAGGGAAAGUUUUAAGUGUUGACCCGAUUAAAGGACACCUGGAGUUGUCCUUAAAAGGGACAGAUGUCGGUGGACCCGAUCCAGCUCCAAAACCAAAGCGUUUGGAUGAAAAAGAGAAACGAGACAAAGAAAAGAAAGAACGGAAAAGGAAGAGAAAGAAGGAGAAGGAGAGUAAAACAAAGGACGGAUCAGAUGAUGAAGCAGAAUUUGUAUUAAAGAAACUCAAAGAAGAUUCCGAUCACGAGGACAGCCCUGAAAGUGAGAGCGAAGAAGAAGGCGAGACAUCUGGAAACACUUCAGAUGAAGAGGCUGACGAUGCAAGUUCCCACAAACCAAAUGGAGCACCUAGAUUGGAGAUUUCGAGUGGAUUUGACUGGAACGAGGACGGGAAUUAUGGAGGAAGGACACAAAAGAGACAACAUGAGAAUAAUGACAAUGACGAUGACGAUGAAAGCAGUGAGAGUGAAACUGAAGCCAGUGGACAGGUUGCUCGUAAGAAGAGUAAAAGACAGAAGAGAGCAGCAAAGAAAGCCGAAGAGGAGUUUUUAUACAAGACAGAACAAUCGCUUUUAGAUCAGGAUCGCUUGCCAGAGACUGCCGAGGACUUCGAUCGCGCCGUUUUAUCAUCACCCAAUAACUCAGUAGUGUGGCUGCAGUACAUGGCGUAUCACCUUCAUACCACAGACAUCGACAAGGCACGAACGGUGGCCGAAAGAGCACUGAAAACUAUAUCAUUCAGGGAAGAGCAAGAGAAGCUUAACGUUUGGGUGGCCCUAAUGAACUUAGAAAACCUCUACGGCACGCAGGAGUCCUUAGUAAGGGUGUUUGAGCGAGCCCUACAACAAAAUGAGCCUAAGAAAGUGUUCUUUCAACUUACUGGUAUCUACUCAAGAACGGAUAAAACUGAGUUGGCCGAGCAGUUAUACCAUACGAUGGCAAAGCGGUUCAGUCAAAGUAAAAAGGUGUGGGUCGGCUUCAGUCUGUUUUACAUGAAGCAGGGAAAGCUUGACUUAGGCAGGAAAUUGUUGCAAAGAAGUCUUAAAAGUCUGCCGAAGAGAAAACAUAUAGAAACUAUAGUCCAAUUCGCCCUGCACGAAUUCAAAUAUGGCGAACCACAGCGAGGGCAGACAAUGUUCGAGAGCAUUUUGACCAACUAUCCAAAAAGGAGCGACUUGUGGUCCGUGUAUCUGGACAUGAUGAUCAAACAAGGAGACGUUGAACCUGUUAGGCAAAUAUUCGAAAGAGUUAUCCACAUCAAUAUGUCCUCUAAAAAGAUGAAGCUCUUCUUCAAACGGUAUCUGGACUUUGAGCGGAAGUACGGCGACGCAUUCAGCAUAGAAAAUGUCAAGACUCAAGCAAUGGCGUAUGUUGAAUCGAAGGCGGCCCUGAGUUAAAGAUACUGUUUAGUCCGCGAAAUUCUAAAGGUUGCUUUGAGGUUCUGGCUUGAUGGCACAAACAGCAGUCUGGGCGAAUUGAAAGGAGUCUUUGGAGUCGCUAGAGCCCGCGAUUGAAAUCAGAGAUGUUCCCAACUGACAUAACAUUUUCUGGAGAAAUAUUUUGUAACGACAAUCUCGUCUUUUUUCACUGUUGUCUGACAACACAACAAAAGAACUCUUUUGAUAGGGAUUUAUUCGAUUAGAAAGAAAAGCUAUGGAGAACAACUCAAACCACGCGGAAAAACUUUUUUUUUUUUAUUAAUUUUCUCAACGCAGAAGGUUUACUUGUGAGACUAAAUUGUAUGCACUCGAACCUUGGCCCUUGAACUCUCCAUUGUAUUGAAUUUAAUAUUUUUAAUCUUAUGAACGCAAAGAGCGAGGGCGUUGCAUAGGAAAAUUUUGCUCUUGAAAAAGGAAGGAGUUGAAAGUUCUGUGAGAGGGUUUUUGUUUUGGUAAAACUUCUUGCUUAAGUUUCGCAGCUUUUUAUCUUUGAUGUUAAUUGGUGCAAAGUGAUGUCUCUGCCAAUUCUCGUUUUUGGUAUAUCUCUUUGUUUUCUUUUCUCACAACUUAGUUAUUCUGGCUUGAAAAUUCAAAAUGCCUUACUAAUGCGGAAGAAAUAAACAGUUUAAAAAUUUGGUGUGGACUAUUUUUCACACGCAAGUUUGUGUUUCAUGACAGUUAACAACGAAUAAAUUCUGCUUUAAGAUAAU